AGUUUUUCCCGUGUGAGUUUUCCACAAAGGACUGUCAAAAUGUUGGAGUUUUAUCCGAAUUUGAAUUUGAAUCCCGCUAUGUUACCUGAACACAGUGCCCUAACAGGGCCGGACUGCAAUGGAAGACCAGAUGGCAGCCUAAUAAAAUGUGAAAAAACAUAUGAUGGAUAUGGCGGCGGAAUCGGCUUGGGCAUCCUGGGCGGCCACGUCGGCGUCGGCAUGAUAAAAUGCGAAAAAACGUACGAGAUGUGCGAGGGGUGCGGCCAGAAGAUCCACGACCGCUACCUGAUGCGGGUGGCUGAUAGUAGCUGGCACGAGCACUGCCUCACCUGCUGCAUCUGCGGGCUGCAGCUCAACCAUUCCUGCUACACCAGGAACACCAAACUGUACUGCAAGGCUGAUUACGAUAGAAUAUUCGGGGUAAAAUGUUCGAGAUGCGGGGACAGGCUGCAGCCGCACGAGAUGGUGAUGAGGGCGCAGCAGCACGUCUUCCAUUUGCCGUGCUUUGUGUGCGUGGUGUGCUGCCAGCCGUUGCAGAAGGGCGAGCAGUUCGUCCUGAGGGCCGGGCAGCUUUUUUGCCGCGGCGAUUUCGAGAAAGAGAUGUACCUUAUGCAGCAGGCGGGCAGCGGCGACGAUGACUUGAUGGACGAGAACAGCAGACCCAGAGACGGCAGGAGAGGUCCGAAACGCCCGCGAACAAUCCUGACGUCGGCGCAGCGCAGACAAUUCAAGGCCUCGUUCGAGGUGAGCCCGAAGCCGUGCCGCAAGGUGCGCGAGGCGCUAGCCAAGGAGACGGGGCUCAGCGUGCGGGUGGUGCAAGUGUGGUUCCAGAACCAGCGCGCCAAGAUGAAGAAGAUCCAGCGGAAGGCGAAGCAGGACGACGGCAAAUCGCCCAGCGAUAAAGACAAAGAUAACUAUCCAGCGCACUCUGGCGACAGUUUCUGCAGUUCCGACAUCUCGUUAGACGACACGUCGAACUUCGACCACUUAGACGAAGGAACUUCUGACACCCUCUCGCUUCAAAACCUGGAACUUCAGUCGCACUCCCACCAGCACGAUACGGCGCCCUCUGGUGGCUCGAUAGCGAACCCAAUCGAUAAACUCUACCUCAUGCAAAACUCGUACUUCAGCACCGAACAAUAAUUGAACAUUUUUGUUGUUUGGUUUUACGGAAACGUAAAACGUUCUAG